AGUGGUGGCGCCAGAGGGGGGGCAGGGGGGGCUACAGCCCCCCCGUCGGAGGAGGCUAGCCCCUCCGUCGGAAGAUAAAUUAUGCUUGAAUUUUUUUUGUCGGAGCGAAUUUUUUAAGUUUUGGCGGAAAUAGAAAUUUCUAAAAGGACUGUUAUCAGAAUUCAGGAAGCUCAUCCCAAAACAACUCAUCGACACAUCAAUUUCAUGGUAAAUAAUAAUCUGUUAUAAGAAGUUUGAAUUGGUUGUUUAGAUGUUCAGUACCAGGUGUUUUCCGCAUGCUGUUAAAUUUGAUCUUAUGUUAUGGAUAGUGCAGUUCGUCCAAAUCUUGCUUGCUAUAACCAACCUACAACAUCGGAAUAUUUUUGUGCGAUAGCGAUAUGGCAACAAAUGUUACCCGUUUCAGUGUUAGAUGUAGUAUAUGUAAUGACGUAUUUAACAAUGAUUACGCUGCCCGCCACACGAAGUCCAAGCACAAAGAUUUGGCUGCAAUGGGAAGGACUGCUCCUACGACGGCAAUAGUUGAAACGGACUCGCAGCAGAGAAAAAUAAAAACAUUUUUUCAAUCAAAAGGCGGUACUUUUCCAAAGAAACGAAAGGUUAAUGAUUUUGAAACUGAAAGAACAACAGAAGACCCCGAAGAACAAGAAGUUGAAAUUUCGAAAAUUCAAGACGAAGAGCAAAUCGAACGUGGUACAACUUCUAGCUUGGACCCCGAAGUCACGAAUGUAGAUGCUGACAACUACGUCACCAUUUCGGAAGCCGAACAGUCGAUGUCGGACAUUGUGGAAGCAGCAAAUGAAAGCGACAGCAACGAGGAUAUCGAGGAAAAUUUGGAACAGUUGGAACUCGAGUUGGAAGAUGAAGUUGAUCCUGCAGGAUUAUCAGCCGAAGCACUUCAAGGAGAUUCGAGAGGACCGCAACUUACACUAUCCGUCGCUGGCCCCAAGGACAUAUCCUCAACCAAAGACGGCGGACCUGUGCAGCCUC